AUGUAUAAUGACACCUAUGGGGCAGACGUGAGCUGUGAGGCGGAGGAAGUGACGCCGACCGAGGAGCAGACAACCAGCCGACCAGAUCACCUAAGAUGUAGGUCAUUAACGUCAACGAUUUCCAAACCGGAGACCGAUGGUGAGCUGGGCGUCGACCUGCACCCCGUCCCAACAUCAGACCACCUGAAACAACAUGUUGAGAAAGUCAGCGGGAUCCCAACAUUGGAUGGAGCAGUUAAAGAGAAGCUGCACACUGACUCCGAACAACCAGAGCAGAUCUGUGCGGUUCCGAUCCACCGCCGUCCGGACCUGCUGGUGGCCUGUGCGGACCUGGUCAACUCUGAGUGGCGGAGGAGCCAGGCCGCCCGGGUUCACUCCCUCCAGAAGUCCUGUCCAGAGUUCCCCAUCUGCCUGGUUCUCCUGCGUGGCCACAGAGAGACGGAGCGGCUGAUCGGCCACGCCCGGCUGUCCCGGGUCGUAGGUCACAGCAGCAGCCUGUUCGUGGAGUCGGUGGUGGUGUCCGCCGCGGAGCGAGGGAAGGGCUACGGCCGGACUCUGAUGGAGGAGACCGAGCGCUACGCCAGAGGCAGAGGGUUCAAGCGCAUGUGCUUGACGACCCACGAUAAGCAGCACUUCUACUCUCACCUCGGCUACGUGCUGUCCGUGCCCGUGCAGAACGCAGGCGCCAUGGCGGCGUUUGUUCCCAUGGAGACGCUUUUGAAGUUCUCCAGAAUGGAGGGGGAAGAAGGAGAGGCGACUCUACGGACACAAACACCGACUAAGAUUAAUGCUCACGUACCACAAGGGGGUGCUUGUGUUGUGGGGUCACCUCCACCUUCUAGUUUACAUCCUCCCCCUCCACCACCUCCUCCUCCUCCACCACCUCCUUCCAGAAGGACAGGACUGGUCAGUGGGUGA